ACCUUUCAGCGAAGGGCAGCUGAUGACGAGAAACAGCUAAGUCAACAUGACGGCGAUAGCAACAGAUUUCGACAACAUUGAUAUCCAGCAGCAGUACAGCGAUGUCAACAAUCGCUGGGACGUGGAUGAAUGGGACAAUGAAAACAGUUCUGCCAGGUUGUUCGAGCGAUCUCGCAUCAAGGCCUUAGCAGACGAGCGUGAAGCUGUCCAAAAGAAAACGUUCACAAAAUGGGUGAACUCUCACCUGGCACGAGUAUCCUGCAGAAUCACGGACCUGUACAUGGACCUACGGGAUGGACGCAUGCUGAUCAAACUGCUGGAGGUCUUGUCAGGGGAAAGACUUCCCAAGCCAACAAAGGGGAGGAUGCGGAUUCAUUGCCUUGAGAAUGUUGACAAGGCUCUACAGUUCCUGAAGGAGCAAAGAGUACAUCUGGAAAACAUGGGAUCUCACGAUAUCGUAGACGGAAACCAUCGCCUGACUCUUGGUUUGAUUUGGACCAUAAUUCUCAGAUUUCAGAUCCAAGAUAUCAGUGUUGAAACGGAAGACAACAAGGAAAAGAAAUCCGCAAAGGAUGCUUUACUGCUGUGGUGCCAGAUGAAGACAGCAGGCUAUCCAAAUGUCAACAUUCACAACUUUACCACCAGCUGGAGGGAUGGCAUGGCUUUCAAUGCUGUUAUACACAAGCACAGGCCGGAUCUGAUUGAUUUUGACAAACUCAAGAAGUCCAACGCUCACUACAAUCUCCAGAAUGCAUUUAACCUUGCGGAGCAACAUCUCGGGCUCACCAAGCUACUGGACCCUGAAGAUGUCAGUGUGGACCACCCCGAUGAGAAGUCCAUUAUCACCUACGUAGUGACAUACUACCACUACUUCUCCAAGAUGAAGGCUCUUGCUGUGGAAGGAAAGCGUAUCGGGAAGGUGCUUGACAACGCAAUUGAAACUGAGAAAAUGAUCGAGAAGUAUGAGUCACUGGCAUCUGACCUGCUGGAGUGGAUUGAACAGACCAUCAUCAUCCUGAACAACCGUAAAUUUGCCAACUCGCUGGUUGGCGUCCAGCAGCAGCUCCAAGCCUUUAACACAUACCGCACAGUAGAAAAGCCACCAAAGUUUACAGAAAAAGGAAAUCUAGAAGUGUUGCUUUUCACCAUUCGAAGCAAAAUGAGGGCAAACAACCAGAAAGUAUACAUGCCGAGAGAAGGCAAACUCAUCUCAGAUAUCAACAAGGGCUGGGAAAGACUGGAAAAAGCUGAACAUGAGCGAGAACUGGCGUUAAGAACAGAGCUGAUAAGGCAAGAAAAGCUGGAACAACUUGCACGUCGGUUUGAUCGUAAAGCUGCUAUGAGGGAAACUUGGCUCAGUGAAAACCAGCGCCUAGUUUCUCAGGAUAAUUUUGGAUUUGAUCUGCCAGCUGUGGAGGCUGCCACCAAGAAGCAUGAGGCUAUUGAGACGGACAUCGCUGCCUAUGAAGAGAGGGUCCAGGCGGUGAUGGCUGUGGCCAAGGAGCUGGAAGCUGAGAACUACCAUGACAUUAAGCGCAUCACAGCAAGGAAGGAGAACGUAUACAGACUGUGGGAAUAUUUACUGGAAUUGCUCCGGGCUCGACGCCAUCGCUUGGAGAUGAACCUCAACUUACAGAAGAUUUUCCAGGAAAUGCUGUAUAUUAUGGACUGGAUGGAUGAGAUGAAGGUCCUAUUGCUGUCUCAAGAUUAUGGGAAGCACUUACUUGGUGUCGAAGAUCUGCUGCAGAAACAUGCUCUGGUGGAGGCUGACAUCGCCAUUCAGGCUGAGAGAGUGAGAGUUGUCAACGCUUCUGCUCAGAAAUUUGCUUCUGACGGAGAAGGUUACAAACCUUGUGACCCGCAGGUUAUCUGCGAUCGUGUGACCCACCUGGAAUUCUGUUAUCAGGAGCUCUGCCAGCUGGCGGCCGAACGAAGGGCUCGCUUGGAGGAGUCGCGGCGUCUCUGGAAGUUCUUCUGGGAGAUGGCGGAGGAGGAGAGCUGGAUCCGGGAGAAAGAGCAGAUCCUCUCGUCGGACGACUGCGGCAAGGACCUGACCAGCGUGAUGCGGCUGCUCAGCAAGCACAAGGCCUUCGAGGACGAGAUGAGUGGGCGACGGGGACCUCUGCAGCAGACGGUGAAGGAGGGCGAGGCCAUGGUGGCCGAGGAGCACUUCGGCUCCGAGAAGAUCAAGGAGCGUAUCGCGGACAUCCGUGCACAGUGGGCCAACCUGGAGGAGCUGUCUGCCGUCCGCAAGAAGCGACUGGAGGAGGCAGCCAACGUGAACCAGUUCAAGGCUGAUGGUGACGACAUCGACGUGUGGAUGAUCGAUGUCCUGAGGAUCGUCUCCAGCAACGACGUGGGCCACGAUGAGUACUCCACACAGGCCCUGGUCAAGAAGCACAAGGACGUGGGGGAGGAGAUCAGCAGCUACAGGCAGAUCAUUGACGCGCUGCGGGAGCAGGGCCAGAGCCUGCCCGAAGAGUACUCGCCUGAUAUGCAGGAGAGGCUGGCGGACAUCGACGAGCGUUACCAAGAGGUGGCGGAGCUGGCCCGACUCCGUAAGCAGGCGCUCCAGGACGCGCUCUCCCAGUAUAAGAUGUUCAGCGAGGCAGAUGCUUGCGAUUUAUGGAUCGUCGAGAAGGAGCAGUGGUUAAACAGCACGCAGAUCCCAGAGAAACUGGAAGAUCUCGAGGUCAUCCAGCACAGGUUUGAAAGCCUCGACCCAGAGAUGAACAACCAAGCUUCCCGUACAGCCGUGGUGAACCAGAUCGCUCGCCAACUCAUCCACAACGAGCAUCCAAGCGAGAAGCAAAUCAAAGCACAGCAAGAUAAGCUAAACACAAGAUGGAGUCAGUUCCGUCAAUUGGUGGACCAAAAGAAAGAUGCACUCAAUUCUGCACUCAGCAUUCAGAACUACCACCUGGAAUGCAACGAAACAAAGUCUUGGAUCCGGGAGAAGACCAAAGUCAUCGAGUCCACACAGGAUCUGGGGAAUGACCUGGCUGGCGUCAUGGCUCUCCAGAGGAAAUUAACUGGAAUGGAACGCGAUCUGGCGGCCAUCGAAGCCAAACUGGAGGACCUGCAGAAAGAAUCCGAGAGCCUCGCUGCUGAACACCCCGACCAAGCCAAAGCUAUCAUGAGCCGACUUGCCGAAAUCAACGACGUCUGGGAAGAGAUGAAGAGCACCUUGAAGAACCGAGAAGAGUCGCUGGGCGAGGCUAACAAGCUGCAGCAGUUCCUACGGGAUCUGGACGACUUCCAGUCUUGGCUGUCCAAAACCCAGACGGCCAUCGCCUCUGAGGAUAUGCCCAACACCCUGGCCGAAGCUGAGAAGCUGCUGACACAGCAUGAGAACAUCAAGAACGAGAUCAAUAACUACGAGGAAGAUUACCAGAAGAUGCGCGACAUGGGAGAAAUGGUCACUCAGGGCCAGACCGACGCACAGUACAUGUUCCUGCGUCAGCGCCUACAGGCUUUGGACACCGGAUGGAACGAACUGCACAAAAUGUGGGAGAACCGACAGAGCCACCUGUCCCAGUCCCAUUCCUACCAGCUGUUCCUAAGAGACACCAAGCAAGCGGAGGGAUUCCUCAACAACCAGGAAUACGUGCUGGCGCACACCGAGAUGCCCACCACUCUGGAGGCUGCUGAAGCUGCUAUAAAGAAGCAGGAGGACUCCAUGACCACAAUGGAUGCCAAUGAAGAUAAGAUCAAUGGAGUCGUGGAGACGGGCAGGAGAUUAGUGAGUGAUGGCAACAUCUAUUCGGACAAAAUCCAGGAAAAAGUGGACUCCAUCGACAAAAGACAUCGAAAGAACCGUGACGCUGCUAGUGAGCUCCUCAUGCGUCUGAAAGACAACCGAGACCUUCAGAAAUUCCUCCAGGACUGUCAGGAACUGUCCCUGUGGAUCAGUGAGAAGAUGCUCACUGCUCAGGAUAUGUCCUACGAUGAAGCUAGAAACUUGCACAGCAAAUGGCAGAAGCAUCAGGCUUUCAUGGCGGAGCUUGCAUCAAAUAAAGAAUGGCUGGAUAAAAUUGACAAGGAGGGAAUGCAGCUGACUGCAGAGAAGCCAGAUACUGGGGUGGUGGUGAAAGAGAAGCUGACAGCUCUGCACCAAAUGUGGGAGGAACUGGAAUCUACAACACAGGCCAAAGCCCAGCGCCUGUUUGACGCCAACAAAGCGGAGCUUUUCACCCAAAGCUGCGCUGACCUGGACAAGUGGAUGAACAACCUGGAAGGUCAACUCCAGUCCGAUGACUAUGGCAAGGACCUCACCAGUGUUUCCAUUCUACUCAAAAAACAACAGCUGCUAGAAAAUCAGAUCGAAGUGCGGAAGAAGGAGGUGGAGGAGCUGCAGGGUCAGGCUAGGGUUCUCAGCCAGGAAGCGAAUGGAACCGAUGAGGUGGAUACCAAGCAUGAAAUUGUGGAAGAACGAUUCUUACAGCUACUGGAACCCCUGCAGCAAAGGAAGAACCACUUGCUGGCAUCUAAAGAAAUCCACCAAUUCAACAGAGAUCUGGAGGAUGAGAUUUUGUGGGCUGAGGAACGAAUGCCCCUCGCCAGCUCGACAGAUCAUGGCCACAACCUCCAGACUGUGCAGAUGCUGAUCAAAAAAAACCAGACUCUUCAAAAGGAAAUUCAGGGCCACAAACCCCGUAUUGACGACGUACUCGAGAGAAGCCAAAGUAUGGUGACGGCCAGCACCCCGAGUGCUAACGCUAUUCAGCAGAGAUUAACGGACCUACAAGAGCUUUGGAAAUUAUUGUCUGAAGAGACAGAGAAACGCCACAGAAGACUGGUGGAGUCACACAAAGCCCAGCAAUACUACUUUGAUGCCGCGGAGGCUGAGGCCUGGAUGAGUGAGCAGGAGUUGUACAUGAUGUCGGAGGAGAAGGCCAAGGAUGAGCAGAGUGCAGUCACCAUGUUGAAGAAACACCAGAUUCUGGAGCAGGCAGUGGAAGAUUAUGCUGAAACCGUACACCAGCUCUCAAAGACCAGCAGAGCUCUGGUUGCGGACGGACACCCCGAGAGUGAACGCAUCAGCAUGAGGCAGUCCCAGGUGGACAAGCUGUAUGCUGGCCUGAAAGACUUGGCCGAAGAGAGGAGAGGGAAGUUGGAUGAGAGGUACCGGCUCUUCCAGCUGAACCGGGAGGUGGAUGACUUGGAGCAGUGGAUCGCUGAACGGGAAGUGGUGGCGGGAUCGCACGAGCUUGGACAGGACUAUGAACAUGUGACUAUGCUGCAGGAGAGGUUCCGGGAAUUUGCCCGAGACACCGGGAACAUCGGCCAGGAGCGUGUGGACAGUGUGAACCACAUGGCCGAUGAGCUGAUCAAUUCCGGACACUCGGACGCUGCCACAAUUGCCGAGUGGAAGGAUGGGCUGAACGAAGCCUGGGCGGAUCUCCUGGAGCUCAUCGACACCAGAACACAGAUCCUGGCGGCCUCUUACGAACUGCACAAAUUCUACCACGAUGCAAAGGAGAUCCUCGGGCGCAUCCAGGACAAACACAAGAAGCUUCCAGAGGAGCUGGGCCGAGAUCAGAACACCGUGGAAACGCUCCAGAGAAUGCACACUACAUUUGAGCAUGACAUCCAGGCUCUUGGCACUCAGGUAAGACAGCUGCAGGAGGAUGCAUCUCGGCUCCAGGCUGCUUAUGCAGGGGACAAGGCUGAUGACAUUCAGAAGCGAGAAGCAGAUGUGUUAGAGGCAUGGAAAGCGCUGCUCGAUGCCUGUGAAGGUCGCAGGGCUAAGCUGUUCGACACUGGUGACAAGUUCCGCUUCUUCAGCAUGGUGCGGGAUCUCAUGCUUUGGAUGGAAGACGUCAUUCGACAGAUUGAGACCCAGGAGAAACCCAGAGAUGUUUCAUCGGUGGAAUUACUAAUGAACAAUCACCAGGGCAUAAAGGCUGAAAUAGAUGCCCGAAACGAUAGUUUCACAACGUGCAUUGAACUUGGCAAGUCUCUCCUGGCAAGAAAGCACUACGCAUCAGAAGAGAUUAAGGAGAAGUUGUUGCAGCUAACGGACAAAAGGAAAGAAAUGAUUGACAAGUGGGAGGACAGAUGGGAAUGGCUCAGACUAGUUUUGGAAGUGCACCAGUUUGCCAGAGAUGCAGGUGUGGCAGAAGCUUGGCUCAUGGGCCAGGAGCCAUACCUGUCCAGUCGGGAGCUGGGUCAGAGUGUGGACGAGGUGGAGAAGCUAAUAAAGAGGCAUGAAGCGUUUGAGAAAUCGGCAGCUACAUGGGACGAGAGAUUUUCAGCUUUGGAGAGGUUGACGACCCUGGAAUUGCUUGAAGUACGUAGGAGACAGGAAGAGGAAGAGCGGAAGAGACAGCCAUCACCACAACCUCAGCCUUCAGACGAUUCGGAAUCUCCACAACAGUGGGAAAUGGCCAGAGAAGAACAAAUCUCUCAGAAUGGGUUACCAUCAGACCAGGAAUCCCCUCGGCUAUCGGAGACGAUUGAGACCAGUGAGAUGGUGAAUGGAGCCACGGAACAGAGGACCAGUUCAAAAGAGCAAAGCCCAGCACCUUCACCAACUUCUGACCGUAAAACAAAGACCUCGCCUUUGCAGUCCCAGUCUGCUGCUACUUUGCCGGCCAAGUCACAAGAAAACCCCACAGCACAGAUGGAAGGUUUUCUGCAUCGCAAGCACGAAUGGGAAACCCACAACAAGAAAGCAUCCAGCAGGUCUUGGCAUAAUGUAUAUUCUGUGAUAAAUAACCAUGAGAUGGGCUUCUAUAAAGAUGCUAAGAAUGCCAGUUCAGGUAUCACAUACCAUGGCGAGAUCCCAAUCAGCCUGAAGGAAGCCCUGUGUGAAAUAGCAAUUGACUAUAAGAAAAAGAAGCAUGUUUUCAAACUAAAGUUAAGUGAUGGCAACGAAUAUCUCUUCCAAGCCAAAGAUGAUGAGGAAAUGAACACUUGGAUUCAAGCUAUUUCUUCAGCCGUGUCUUCUGAUAAGAGUGAGGCUUCCCCAAGUAGUCAGAGCACUCCAGUGGCCAGUCGUGCACAGACACUGCCCGCGAGUGUUGUUCUGAGCAGUGAAUCCAGCCCUGGAAAACGGGAGAAGGACAAGGAAAAAGACAAAGAGAAGAGAUUCAGUCUGUUUGGCAAGAAGAAAUAGACAAGCUCAGCACUCAUUUUCAAACAAAACUCUAGCAUGAGAGUUUAGAACCAGUACAUUACACUCCGUGCCUAAUGUCCCUCAAAUCAGUUAGUUUUAAUUUAUGGAGAGCAUCGAAGAUCGGUUGUUAAUCUAGAACGUGAGGUGCAUUGGGCAGUUUCCAUUUAAGAAAAGGACCAGUUGUUGAUUUGUAUGUAGUUUAGGGUCCAAGUAUCUAAACUUCUCCUCAAUUUUGUGAGGCUGUCUUGGGGAAAAAUAAAUCUCAACAUCCAUGUGCUACUGGAAUGCAAGGCAGCGGUGCUUUUGAAAACUUAACUGCACAUGAAAUGUGUAAAUUUCCAAAAUACUUGUUAAAUUCCAUUUACUGAGGUUGCUAUGCUGAGUCUUGACUAGUAGAAACUCCCAUUACCAUUUUAGGCUUUAUUUAAAAACAAAAGUAUAUUGUAUCAUCUUUGCUAUAACAAAUUGCAAACCUGCAUUAAUUUGCAUUUUUUUAAAAAGAAAAUCCUGAUAGGCUGGCAGUGGAUAUUAAAACCCGUUUGGUGUUCAUGCAGCAAGGGUGAUUAAAGAAUGUUGGUAAAUAAGAAUGAAUUAGUAUACUGAUUCACUUUUAAAUAAUCUGUAUUUUUUAACAUAUUCCUUUUUUGUUGCUCAGUUGCAUUAUACUGUAUGUUUCAAAUAAUUCUAGUACAAAGUAUAAAACUAGAUGUAUAUUAAAACCUUUCAAAGCAUUGAUGUUAAGUGUUGAAGUGGGAAAGCAUUAUCUGGAAAAGUAAUGUCAUUCAAAUGGUUACUUGCUUGUUGGCUACAGCACUGCGUGUCAUAAUUUUGCUACAUUACUUACUAUUUGAUACAUAGUGUGCAUUUCUGUCACUGUAACUAUUGUAAUGAAAAUGUCAUCUUACUGCACAAUCAAGAUACAUAAUAGGAAUGAAUCCUUGCAAUGACUGGGCCUGUAGUCAUGUAGUACAGGAUCUGGCUUUCAGUUGUAUGGAAUUGCACCUGUAGACUUCUACUCUAUCUGUUAAAAAUGUGCGAUGUCAUUAAAUGCUUUUAAAACUAA